UGUACAUUCCAUACUUAAGUUCAUUUUUUGCUAGAAAAUUAUUCAUGAUACUUAAGCACAUAUCAGAUACUUUAAGACUUUUACUCGGGUGCUUUUUGUGUUAUUGAGUUUCCUCCAGUGUGACUUUUGGGCACUUCAUACUGCUCAGUGUACAGGUUCGGGGAGUUGGUGGUGUUCUUGCUUGAAUUCAUUCCAUCAAUAGGGAAAAAGUUAAGUACAUUUUGCGAUUUCUAUGUGCCGCAUCUGUCUGGAUUAUCUUGUGGUCAAAUUCCAGUAAAAUUCCACAGUCACUGAAGGAGGGGGAAAAAAAACAAGAGAGGAAGCUGCAUUACCAUUCAAAAGCACAUGCCGGUGCUAUUUGACUGUGGGUAGGCCAACAGCGAGAUCUUACUGUGCUUAUACGCUCAAAACCUUUCACCAUUGCAGCAGACACUUUGACUUGUCAUAGAGGGAUGAACACAGGUGUAAUUACUAGUGCCAGGAACCUUUGGAUGACAACACCUGAACUCAUCUCUGGCACGUCCUGUCAUAUAAAUAUAGAUUUCCCAUGCAUUCAUUUGCAAGAAACAGUCCGUAAAGGCCCCUCUGACCAGCUUCUAGGGCUGAUGAACAGCAGAUAACCCGUAACAUGAUGUAAAUUUUUGACGUGUGUGUGUGUGCACCCAAACACACACACACACACACACACACACACACACACACACACACACACACACACACAGGAAGUAGCGGGCUUUCUUGUUUGCGUCCCUUUGUAUUAAGCCAGAGCAUCAUUUACAUAAAGAGGAAGCCAGAAAACAUGUUUGUGGGAUGGAGGUGUGCAUGAAGUCAUAAAGAGACAGAUCGGGUUUUGUGCCGUGCAUCUGGCCGUAAAAGACGCACUGGACACGUCGUCUCUCUCAGCCUCCCCAUCGGCCUCCUGCUUCAGCUCGCAUCAUGUACGCCAAAGUGGUGGAGAACAUCUACCUGCUGGUCAUCGUCACCCUCAUCAGCGUACUUCAGAACGCGUUCUUUGCCCUGAAAGUGGAGAAAGAAUGCAACAAUCAAAAUGUCAAAACAUCGGUUUUUGAAAGGGUUGCCUGUGCCAAUCGUAACUGCAUGGACGCUUAUCCCACUUUCCUGGCGGUGAUGUGGUGUGCCGGUCUGUGCCUCAGUCAAGCUCCUGCCGCCUUUGCUGGGAUCCUCUAUCUCAUCGUCAGGCAGAAGUACUUUGUUGGGUACAUGGGACAAACCUCACAAAGCACCCCCGGCUACCUGUUUGGAAAACGCAUGCUCUUCUUCCUGUUCCUGAUGUGCGUUGUGGGCAUCUUCAACUACCUGCUGACGCGCUACUACGGCAGCGACUAUAAGGAAUAUGUAGAAACCAUCACCGGCGCUGCAUCUGCUCUUCUCCUCCUCCCUUAAAGUGGUCAUAUGCUCUGGGGGUUUUUGCUUUUCCUUUAUUUGUGCUAUGUAGCAUUCUUGUGCGUGUACAUUCUCAGGCUGCACUGCCUGAAAUGCCAGGUUUGGAGUUGGAGCCUUCACUUCCCUAACUUAUGUGUGUCACUAUGUAACAGAAUUUUUUUGAGAUAUUUAUUAUAAAAUAUAUAUACUCCAGUCAGUAAACAGAGAUAAAAUUGCUACUGCUGUAACAGUGUUAUUUUAGAUCACACUACCUUGCUUGACCGCCCUACUCUGCCUCUGAUGUGCUGCAUCCUCCCCGUUAAAGUAAUGUGCAUGUGCAACUCUCACCAAAGACUGAACAGGGGUGAGAUGUCUCACUCUGUAGCUAAAGCAAAGCACUCAAGACACAAUGUGCAAAGGGAUGCUGCAGAAGUGCACCAUGUAAGAAAAAUUUGGUUUUUGAAAGUUAAAGUAUGUAAACUUUUUCUACUAUGACCCCCAAAAUAAAAGUGUGAACCUGAA